CUCCAGGGUGGACGUUAUACAAGCUUCACUUGAAAACGAGCGCGUUGAAGCGGGCUGAAGUUUCAAGUUCGGUGACAAAGUUCUAGUGAUAAAUAUACCGAUAUAGCGAUUGUUUAAAUUUAAAGUGUAUUACAAUCGUUAAUGGGACCAUGUUGUUCUUUCUUCUUACGACUCUUUUGAUUGCAAAUGGUGGCGGAGCACAAGUAAAUGAAGACAGCUGCGAUCCGAGCGAGUUAAAGACCUGCGUAGACAUGACACCGCGGACGCCGGUGGGCUUGCCUCGCACAAGAGAAGAAUUAGAUGCUCAUUGCCAGGCAUAUCAGACGGGAAUGGCGUGUAUGGAUGCAUGGAUCAAGCGGUGUCUGCCAACUGACGGCCAGAAAUUGGUACAGCAACAAAUUGGCGGCGCGCGAGCACUAAUGCGAUUCUUAUGUACCAAUGAAACAGCGCUACGAAAAGAUUUUCUAAAGGAGCCAACAUGUUGGGCGUUAGUAUCACCAGACUGGUCACGAUGCGUUGAUGAACUGCAGCUCGCCGUCCGCGACAUCUCUGAGCGCUCUCACCACUUAGUCUACUUCAACAAAAACACCGAACUAUGCUGUGCCCGUGACGCAUUCGUUGCAUGCGUGGCAAUGGCUGGACGAGCUUGUUCAGCCCAAGCCGGAAACCUUCUGCGUCGGAUGGCUUGGGUGCUCGCGCAAGACGUAGCCGCUUGCAGCGCUCAGCCCCGCGCGCACUGCGCUGCAUCUCUGCCACAAAUCGCGGCUCCGAUUCUCACUGCAUUAUCUGGUGCAUUACUUUACCCCCCAAGACUUUAAAACAAUAGUUUUAUUUAUGUAAUGAUGGUUCCUAAAAUAUGUUCUUAUAGCGUGUUUUAUGAUGCUGAUGAUGCUGAUUGUAAAUCUUCGUUAUAAGCUUAAAUAAUUGAAACAAAAUCAAAUUUAAACUAUGUUCUUAAUUUAGUACAAUUAAUACCUCGAUGAUUGUAAACAAAUUUACCAUCAUAAUAGAAAAUUCGGCCGUUGUGAACAGUUU